AUGGACAAUAACAACAAUUUUGAAGUUCAGCAAAUUGUUUGGGCAAAAAUACGUGGCUAUCCUUGAUGGCCUGGAGUUGUAUAAUUUAUAUAGAUUCAUUCCAUAGAUCAUAGAAAAAAUGAAUCAGAAGAUGAAAAAAUUUUUAUCGUCUAUUUUAUAGGGGAAAAUACUCACUCCCCCCUCCGUCAGUGAACAAAACCAUUAGAAAAAUCGCUAUCUUUUGCCCAAAAACCCACCCUCUGUGAGUGAACAAAAAUUUUUUUUAAUACAAAAAUUUUUUAUGGAAAAAAAAUUUGAUUAGUAUAAUGAAAUCUCGAGCUAAUUCUGUUUAAUUUUAAACAAAUUGCUUUUUAAAACAAUAAUUUAUAAAUAUUUGCUUUCCAAUUUUUGCGAAUUAUGAUUUUUUUAAAUUUGAAAAAAAAAAAUUUCUAUAAAAUUUUAUAUAAACUUUUUAAAAAAAAAAAAUUAACUCAGGGGGGAGUCAGUAAUUAUUAUUCAGUGCUUCUUUGACAUCAAAAUAUAUAAAUGACUUUGAAAAAUUUUAUGACCAGUAUUCUAAAAGCAAAAAUAAAGUAAAGUUUAAGUAGUGGCUAUUAAGUUGCAUACAUAUAGGAAAGCAAUUGUUUGAUGGGGAAUUAGAUGUAAUGGAUUUGGUAAAUGUGAAUGAUACCCUGAUACGAAAUAGACGAAGAUCCAAAGCCAAAAAAGAUGAAUGCUAUAAGACAGUAAAUGAGCAGCUUAUCAAUCUCAAAUUGUGCUUACUCCCCCCCCCCCCCUCCGUGAGCGAACAAAAAAAUUUUGUUCGCUCACGGAGGGGGGGUUAAUUUUUUUUUUUAAAAAAAAUUUAUAUAUAAAUUUUAUAAAAAAUAUUUUUUUCGAAAUUUAAAAAAAUCCUAAUUUGCAAAAAUUGGGAAGCAAAUAUUAAUUUAAUUUGCAAAAUUUAUGUUUUAAAAGCAAUUUGUUUAAAAUUAAACAGAAUUAGCUCUAGAUUUCAUUAUACUAAUUAUCACUUAUAUAUCAAAAUUUUUUUUCCAUUAAAAUUUUUUCUAUUAAAAAAAUUUUUGUUCACUCACGGAGGGUGGGUUUUUGGUCAAAAAAUGGCGAUUUUUCUAAUGGUUUUGUUCGCUCACGGAGGGGGGGGGGGGAGUUAGAAAAGCAGAUAAAUAGCGAUACUAAAUUAAAUCCACAGAAAUCUAACUCUAAUCCCUGCUUAUUUUUUAUUUUUUCAUUUAAUCCUUGCCAUUUUUAUAUUAUUUUUCAUAAAGAGUAAAGACGAGCUUGAAAAAUACCAAGACUCAAUUAUCCGAUUUAUUAGAGGAAUAGCUCAACAAGAAAGCAGCGUCGGAGAGCUCUGUGAUUGUUUAUAUGAACUUUCAAAAUUUGACAUAUCGUAUCAAAGCCCAAUAGAGAAGCUUAUUAAAUUACUUAUAAAUGUGUGUGUUCAUAGUAGUUGUAGCAAGCUGAAAGAAGUAGCAUUUUUGGCUCAAAAAUUAAGGGAUUUCUGGAAUUCAAAAUCUGAGGAAAAUAAUGAUUUUGGAAAAAAAUCUGAAUGGCCAUAUGUGCAUGAUAAGAAAUUAAGAAAAAAUGUCUGUUGGAAGAUUUUUAAAGUUUUAGAACAAAAAGAAAUAUAAAUAAAAUGGUCGUGAUGUCUGAGAUGUCUUUUAGUGUGACAGCUACCCAUGCAUAUCUGUGCAUGGAUUUUUUAAUAACGUAAUAGGGGCGAGAGGACAGAAUUGGAAAUACUGGUGCUCAGCAACGGUCUAGUAAUCAGGGGUUUCGGCCUGGACUCAGAGGCGCCAGGGUCCGCCCAAUUCGCUUGGGCCACCGCACAGCUGUGCAGAAUAUCAUUCGUAGAAGCAAAGACUUUAAAAAUGCAGCAUUAAACUAACCUAAUCUAGAACAAAAAGAUUUUGAUACACAAACAGCUCAAGAACUCGCGAUUACAAUAGAAGAAAAUCUGAGAAAAAAAGACCCAUCUAUGUCUAGCUACUAUAGAAAUUUGUUCCGAAAAAUGAUCAGAGAUAUUAUUCUCGCUUACUUAAAUUAGAUUUUUAUUAAUUUUGCAUUAUUAAACAAAUAUACAUUAAAAAUAAAUCAACAUUAAUCAGAUAAGUAUAAAUAUUUAAGUCCAGUAGUUUAUCGAACUGUUAGAAACGAAGUAGCCUAG